UUAAUGAAAGCGUAUCACAGUCACAUUUGGUCCAUAUUUCAUUAUAUUUUUAUUUUUUCUGUGGCUCAUUUUUAAAUUUAAAGUUAUUGAAUAAAUGGCAGAAGAAAAUCCAACCGAAAAGCAUUGCGAAUUAUGCAAUGUUGCAAUUAUUCUUCUCUUACCAGUGUCUACGGAAUGGAAAUUAUUCAUACGUGAAAAAAUAACCAAAGAUUAUGACAUCAAUAAAAUUUGUGCAAAUUGCUGGAAAGGUGUUACAUCAUUCCAAAAUGACAUCCGUUUUGCAAAUUUAGCAAAUUAUGCUAUGAAGAAUGAACGAAACCUAAGUGAUGUAUGUAAUCUAUGUUGCAGCCCCGUUCUUUCAAAUGAACCAGUUAGUUCGUUCCAAUUGUCUUUUUUAAGCGACACAUAUGGGAUAAAUUUGGAGUCUACCGAUAAAAUAUGCACGAACUGUAAAGAUUCUUUGGCAAAAUAUAUGGAACAAGUUGAUUGGUGGAAUGCGAUGAUGGGUGGUUUUAAAAAGGCGCCAACAUUGGAAAAGCUGUUCAAACGUGAUCAUCAAUCGUUCUGUGUUCUUGACUAAUGAAAUUUAACGUUUUGCACAGAUUUCUCUAGUUUCCAUGACAGAAAAAUUAUCCAUUUAAAUGGAUUUUCGUGUUGUCUUGCUAAAAUACCGAUCAUGCAAAUUUCGAAGAUUAUAAUUUUAUCUCUAGAACUGUCAUUCCUCAAUGGUGGGUGAUUUCAGAAGACAAGUAGUGAAGAGUGGUUAUGGUAUAUCAGAUUUUGACUCGUCGCCGUGUCCACAGACAGAAACAUCAUCAUCUGGAUCACCUUCAGACUCGCUAAAGUCUAGUGAACAUUUGAAUACAUCAUCACCAGAAGCAGAAACAGAAAUUAUUGUCAUGAGUUCAACAUCCAAUAGUCCAACUGAUCCAACAGCCAAUAGUCCAAAUAAUUUGCCGAAUUAAGGCGAAAGUUGCAAAAAGUUCACACAACGCUUUUUUUUCUGUGUGCCUUUUGCACUUUAUUUCUUUUCAUUGCAUGGUAUUUUCUCUCUCUCUCUCUUAAAUUUUCAAUUAUCGUAUUAUUCAAAAUAAAUUAAAAUAUUUUUUUUGUGUACUUGAAAAGGUGUUUCCUACUACUCAUUUUUUCAGAUCUUUCACAGGAAACCUUGACCAAAUGCGGUUUCGUAAUGUAAAUAAUGAAAUGAGAAUACAUGCUUUUAUUUGUUUCAGUCA